CGAGUGAAAAAACUGCAAAAAUAAAGCAUCGUCCGUUCAAGCUGGACCUGUCCCUCGACCAGCACUCUACCAGCAUGCGGAAAGCCCGCUGGGAAUACAUGGUCCGGCCGCUGCGCGCUCCAGUUCCGUCGAAAAAAGAACCGGAAAUCAAACGCGAGAGUUUUGCACAGACUCAGAUGUCGACGCUUGUCACGCCGACCUCUUGCGAGAAAAAGGACGAAAGUUUCAUUUUGGUCGAGAAGCCGAAGCGAGAACAUUUGCAGACUGGUCCCGAAAUGGUAAAUCCAGCGGUCCACGGACAAACUUGCCAAUUAGAACUAGAGGAAAGAACAAGAAGUGCAGACCACGAAGAUCAUCCGCCUGCUGAGAAAAAAGUCGUCCCAGGUACUUGUAGAAAGGACGAACAAGAUGCCACUCGAUUUGUGCAACUACAUCCUGGCACCAGCACGAGUUGCACUUAUCACAAUUAUUCCCCCACGACUGCUGCUCAGCACUUCGACUACGAUGCCGCGUGCUGCGUUUCGGACAAACAGCUGCAGCUGAAGCACAGCUAUCAAACGCAAAUAUGUCUGGGUCUGGAAACUUGUGAUGCAAGCCAGAGAAUAACGGGCACACUGUAAAAAUAAACCUUGGCCAGCAAGCGUGAUAAGCUUUCAAGCUGCUAGUGUUGCUGCGUAUUCCGCAUAGCAGACUGCGCUUUUGCAUUACAGACAAGACGAUCUUUUUGCAUCUACGCGUGACAGAAGAUUUCCGAGUCAUGUCAGGCACGCAUGACCAAUCUUCCAGACCUAGACAACAUGUUUGCAAUGCAUAGCAGCCAGUGGCUGAAGCAGGCGGCGUCCUGCUACCCGCACGUUUUGUCGGCCGAAGAGGAUGCCAAAUUGCUGGACUACCGCGCGUUCCAAUUCGACUUUACGAAGGAGGAAAAGGCGAAGAAAGCGGCACUGGAGAAGAAGCUGCAGCAGCACUUGGAGAGCGUACGAAUUGCAAAUAUGUCUGGGUCUGGAAGGUUGCGCCUUGUCAUGCUAAAUCUGAAUCAUGCAUAAAAAUCUGUAUCGCAGGUUUACCAACAGCCGGCCUUUUUUACCAAGUUGAGAAGGAGUCUCUCAUGCAGGAUAGGCAUGAUUGAGGUCUCACAGAAUUUGUCAUGCUAGGUGCUGCAUUCCAGACGUCAUCGGUCAUGGGAAACCUGCACGACAAAUCUGGCAUCCUUCCAGACCCAGACAUAUUUGCACUUGAUAGAGCGAACACCGGCGCAAAAUGCCGAAAGAGGAGCGGGAGGCGCUGGAGGCCGGAGUCUUGUACUACAAAAAGAUCGAGGAGUAUCAAAAGAAAAAAGCUCGUCACGAUCACUCAUGGACAUUUUUGCAAUACAAAAUUGUCUGUCAUGCGUAGAAAUGCAUCACAGCCACACUUCAUAAGGGAUUUCCCUAGUGUUUCUGCAAUACAAGGAGAAGUUGUGAUGCUAAAAAAAUUUGUAAUGCUGACAAACUUUUUUCUCUUCAUAAGGAGGAGAUGCAGGCCCGGCAGAAAUGGCACCGGGAAUGCCUCCAGCGGCUCGAGGAAGAGCGGAGCCGGUACCCGCACCGCUCGGUUGUGGACGUGGCGGCGCUGCGGAAAACGUUGUUCACCAUCGAGACCAAACACUACGACGCGCAGGCGUGCUUUGUGACCGGGCUGUGCUACAAGCAGGCCGUGCUCGGGGUGGGGCUGGAGAUCCGCCCGGAAGCCGCGAACAGCGACCGGCUGGCCUUUCACUGCAGCUUCGACCUGAUCAGCAAGGAGGGCUUCUACGACUUCGGGGUCCGCACGAGCGUGUGGAACGACCGCAUCGCCUUCUGGAUGCCGGCCGCAGUGGAUGCAGAGCACUUCGAGCGCGCCAUCAAGUAUCUCGCCGACCUGUUCCAGCAGCUCGGUAACAGUGACGUCGCCGCGAAAACGCGGUCCUACGGGACGCAACAGGGCAGCAAGGCCUUCCACGCGGGCGCGCAGAUGCGCGAGGCGGUGCGGGGCGGGGGCAAGAUUUGCUCUUUGGACGAGUGGAAAAAGCAGAAGGAAGAGGCGAAGGCUAUAGCUCUGGCCAAGCGCGCUGCGUCUGCUGCUGCAACAGAGACGACGGAAAAGAAUUCUACUGGCGGCGACGCAACGGCAGAGAUGCUCCGGGAUCGAGAAGAAGAACACGACCGAAAUAAAGUAGAGCCCGAUCAUCCUGUUUGUCCCGUCGUGCCGCAAAGUCGACCUACGCUAACCGAGGGCGAUUUCGAGUAUGCGCUGGACGUGCUGCCAAAGCUGAUGAACUCGCAGGUGGUGUUUCUGCUGAAGGGCGAACUGCAUCACUCGGAGAAAGCACUCGAGGGCUACAUCGGCUUCCACCAUCUGUUUCUCUCGGUGCUGGCGAAGUUCCCGAGCCUGCAGCGAAAAAUCGAGAACAAACUGACCAGCUUUGUGCAGGGCGAGGAGUUUCGGACCAAGAAAUUUGUGCCGAAUCUUGGCGAGUUUCUGUGCUUGCUAUCAAAUGCAAAUAUGCCUGGGUCUGGAGGGGUGUAAACUUGUCAUGCAGGAGGUUUUCCAUGACCCUUGACCCAGGAGGUCUGGAAUGCGGGACCUAGCAUGACAGAUUCUGCGAGGUCUCUGCCAUGCCUAUCCUGCAUGAGAAACUCCCUCCCAACUUGGUCGAAAGUGGACAGCUUGUGGCACUCAUGCAACACAGAUUUUUGCAUUAUUCGGAUUUAGCGUGACAAGUUGCAAUCUUCCAGAUCCAGACAUUUUUGCAAUCCAUACUUGCUGUCCGUUAGCGAAAAGUACUCCUGGGACGACGUGGCCGCGAUUGUGCUGCGGGAGACGCUAUCCAUUGCAAAUAUGUCUGGGUCCUCUGGAAAGGUUGAACGUGCAAUGCUCGUCUUGCAUUGGUGGAAUGCACGUCUCGCAUCUGUAUUGCAUGACCGGCAAAAAUACAUUGGUUCAUGCACAAGCGGAGUAGCAGUUUGCUCGCACAAGUGAGCAGCCGUUCUCAAAACUUGUCAUGCUUGUCUGCACCCACAAAUGUAGUGUUCCUUCCAAAUCUAAUCUUCAGCGUUCCGCAUCACAAGUUUAUUCCAGACCCAGACAGAGUUGCAGUUGAUAAACGCUGGACCGAAACGCGGGCUGGACGCUGGGACCGUACCCGAAGCUCGCCACUAGCAGCUGCUCCGAGCCGUUUCGCCUCGAAAAGACGUUCCUGGCAUCCAUCGUCAGCAUUCGGUAUCCUAUGUAAAAACGUCCCCACCCCAUAGUCAAGACGGGGAUUCGGGUAGACAAAUCCACAAGGUUUGGCUGUUUUGCAUGACAAAUUUCGACUCGUAGCGUAGUGCUGUUUGAGCUAUCUGAGCAGCAUCACAGAUCUAGUAUAUCAUGCUAAUUGGAGCAUGGAAAAUUCCAAAACACAACUGGAAAAUGCUUCUCGUGGGGCUCCGCAUGACAACCAUUUUUAACUCUGGGGUGGGGACAUUUUUAAAUACGAUGUUCGGCUUUUGGUCUUCAAUGUCUGGUUCCUCCGCAAUGUGGUGUUUCGACGAGAGACCAGUCAAGAGGCGGUGUUGGCCGCCGCCGCCGCGCAGCGGACCGCCGGCGCUGCGGGGAUCCACCUUGCCGGGACCGCAAUGGAAAGGACCGGGUUUUCGUCCUUCCCAAAGCUAUCGCAAGAAAAAACUGUUUCGCUGUAAACUUGUGAUGCAUAGAAUGCAGCAACACAGACGCAUUUGUCUUGCUACACAUGCAACACCGUGUUUUCACUUAGGAAGUACGCAUGGCAAGUUUUAUUUGCCAUUUGUGAUUUGUAAUGCACAACUUGCAAAAGCGAAAUCCUUUUUACCGUGAAACACUUUUCCCACCAUACAAGCUCCGACUGCAACAGUACAACGCCACGAAGGGAAAACCCGACAGAGCCGUCGUUAAUCGCUAUCCCAAGUAAAAUCGUCCCCACCCCUUAGUUGUAAUGCAAAUCUGCAUGCUGGAAACGAAAUGUUUCUCAUGCGGAGCCCCGUGAUAAGUAUUUUCUAGUGGUGUUUUGGAGUGUGUGAUGCUCCAAUCAGCAUGAUAUACGAGAUCUGUGAUGCUGCUUAACUAGCUAAACAGUAUAUCGCUACGGUGCCAAACUUGUCAUGCGCGACAGUCAAAGCUGAUUGGUUUGUCUAGCAGAUCUGCCAUCUCGACUAUGGGGCGCCGACGUUUUUUCAUAGGAUAAUCGCUUGACGGAGUUUUUCAAGAAAUUUCGCGAGGGCGGCGGCGGUCUGGAGUCCUGGGUCGAGUACUUUCAAUACCUGAUAUUACAAUGAAAAAUGCCCCCACCCCAGAACUCGAAGGCAUUUGUAUUGCAAUUUCCAAUAGAAACAUUCCCCGUCUUGCAUAUAUCAGCAUCACAAAUUUUUCAUGUCGAAUAGCUCAGAUCUGUGUUGCAAAGGAGACCAACACUAGCCGGAUCUGUUAUGCAAAAGAUGCCUUGCGCACCUAGAUUCUGGGUCGGAGAGGCUCGUAGUCCUUUCAUGCAAGACAAAAAGCUUUCAUUUGGAAACUUUACAUGAGAAACUUUUGCAAAUUCCGGGCUGGGGGCAUUUUUCACUGUAAUACCUGAAUCUCGCCCCCGUUUCUGCCGCGGAGCUAGACCGCUUGCUGUUCGAUCGGCUCCUCGAAGCGGUGCGCAAGGGGUAUCUCCCCGCGUUUGCGCUGCGGCAGGCGCAGGCUGCAGCGGAGAGUGCGGACGAACUGCGACGGAACCGGAAAAAAAAAGCUGAACUUGCGGGUGCCUCAAACCGGAGCGAUCAGCUUGAGGCACUUGCGGACAAGUACGACUCUUGAAGAUUUGAUGACACACGAAUAUCGGUAUAAUCGCUAUGUGGACAAUAAUUUAUGACUCAAACCAAAGAUGUCGAUGUUGAAAAAUAGUUUGUUAAAGUACGGCAUUUUUUGGAAUUUUACGCACCGACUUUUUAUUAUACCUACUAGGCCUUGCCCUUGGUUUCGCAUCACAAACUGCACUCAAAGCUGGAACAGCACUUCGGUACAAAAUAUGUCCAUAUUCUUUUGCAAAAUGUUUUCUGUGAGUCCCUCAUCAGCCUCACAGGUCGGGGUGCGUAAAUGAUUGUAGAUGACUUAUCGCAAGGGCAAGUGGCAAUAUAUUAUACUCCUUGUCCCCGGACACCUGUUAAAAAAUUCAAAGGUAAGAUCUGG